AUGAAGAAAGAAGCUGCCAACUUCAUCUUGGAACAUGUUUUCCUGCCACCGAAAGUCUCGCAAUCUUACCAUGAUGAGGCGGGCGCCGAUGAGCUUCUCAAGAAGAUCUCACAAGCUGCUCAUGAAUUCGCCGACAGCUUCUCUCGAGAUAGCAGCGAGCGGAGAAUCUGGGCGCAGUUACGGCGAUCGAUUUCAAAAUGGAUCGAUUUGUACGACAACGGGGAACCUUGUAUUUCCAAGAUCAUCAAUAGCCUCGAUACCAUGCUCAAAGAUGACGUCCUCCUGUUCUACAUCAAACCUCAGAACGCGGCAAUCAUUGUCAGAAACAAAUCAAGAGGCGCUAUCUUCGAAUGUUUCGAGGUGCUUGCGAGGACCGAUGCGGUCUUGAAGGCGACGGACGCUUUGAUACGCCGUUUUCCUGCUCGAGCAGUGUUCUUGCCUGAGGAGAAACUCAGAAACACUGCUUUCACCAGGGAACUAGGCGGUGCAAUCCAUAAGCUCUCAGUCGAGAAGCUGAAGAUCGCCAUCGAAACAACCAGAAAAGCCAAUAAUACUGUGGUUGAGGAGCGCCAGUCUGCACACCCUCGAGCUGUUACAGAAUGGCUAUUCGGUGUCUUGGGAAGUUGUGGUAACGCAGUUCCAAGUCAUAUCCUUUGCAAGCGUGUGCAUGAUGACGUUCUCUGGAAGAACACGAAUCUGCCCUGGCGCCGUUCAGGGGUCUGGCUCUCUGCUCGAGUCGCGCUGCAGAUCGCACUUGUCAAUGCCGAGCUCGAAGGCGAAGGACAUGGACACUACAAAAACUUCAUAUUUACCAGACGUUCUUCACGUCCUACGAGUGAAGCUGGCUCGACCAACGCAAAACUUGGGUCGUCCACGUUUGGCUUCGUUCAGACAGCUACUGAUGAAGCUCUCAGCAGCAUCGACAACGACAUGCAACGACAGUGGACUGAGGUCGUUCUGAGGGAAAAGGUCAACGUGCAGCCAGUCGCCCAUGAUUUGCUCUCGACCGAACUGCUCUUGACGAAAAGCAGUCCAAUCCUGCGACAUAUCUGGGAGCGCGCUCACAAGGGCUUCGCUCAUGUAGUCGAGUCCUACAGCCCACCUACAACCACGGAAGUCACACUGCCGAUAGGGUCUCUUCCUACACCUGCAAUAUUUGAGCGCCCUGGGGAUCUCCUAUCCUGUCUUGUGGGCUUCGAGUUCUGGAUUGAGGAGAACCUAGGCAGUUGGUCAGUGGCCAACACCGGGAAUCCUUCUGCAUGUCGAGCGUUGCUUGAGUUGCUGCCAAAAUAUCACGCUUUGGCCAAACGAAAGUACGAGUCACAUCCGGAGAGACUGUCGAUCAUGCUUUUGGUCAUGUUCGAGCUCUGGAUUGCCCUGGAUACCAUUGCGACCACCGCACAUCCUCUCCUCUUGGACUAUCCUCCCGAGAUCCCCUCAAUCCUUUUUGGACCACUUCUUCUAAGCAAGAGAGCCGACUUGGAAAGACUUUCGAGGAUAGAGCUCCACAUCAAAUCAAGGGACCUUCGAGAAUUGCGCCUCAAAGUGGAGCAAGAAACGCAAAAAGCGCGAGAUGACAAGUUGGUCGAGUGGGAAAGCAAGAAACAGAAAUACGACAAGCUCAUGGGCGAGGUCGAAGCCAUGGAGUGCGGCAUCUGGAUCCCCCGAGGCAUUGAUCGGUGGGGCAAACCGUAUGUCGGCAAGCCGAGACAUGACAGACGUUGUCAGAAGUGCGCCAAGGAGAAGGAAGCGAAGGCCAUGGAGAUUUCGAAGCACGAGUGGGCCCUUCCAGAUAAUGAAACACUCUGCAAAGCUGUGGUUUUUGAGCUAGGUGCUCCUCCAGCUCUCGUAUCGUGGAGAGAUGCCACCUUCUAUCUGGUUCAAGAUGUCGGCAGAAGCCAAGCGAUCGAAGGGCCAUCGAGGCAGCAAAAUCUGCUUACUUACCCUCCACUCAAGAGACACACGCAGCACGCACAGGAUCGGCGCGUCACAUUGGGAUCAGCAGUCAAGUCGAUGCUCAAGAGUCAUUAUAUCAGGUCGUCCUUGAAUGUUGACCCCGUCAUUGUUAACAAUGGCUUGGUACCGAAAAUGUGUGACACCUCGAAGUCGAACCUGUGGACUGCGGAACAGACCGGAAAGCUGUCAUUGCAGCGGUACUGUUACGUUAAAUUGUCAGAGCCGUGGAACGAGCACCUUGGCCGCUAUGUCAACUUUACUUUACACACAACGAAUUCAGUCAUCGCUCGACAAUCCGUGUGUCCGCCAGAGAUGGGUCCACAUGAAGCUGUCUAUUUCGGGUCUCUGCGAUCUGGGGAGAGACUGCAAAUCCUCAACAUUCUCGGGGCUCUCAUGUCUCUUGAAGUCGACCUAAACUCGCCGGCCAUAGCUGUGUUAUUUCGUUACGCUAUCUGCCAGGUCGGGACACCGCGCACCAAGUUACCGCUGUAUCUGCGUGAGUCUCAAACCGCACUCGAAGACGAACAUAUCAGUCAAUCUCUUCUCAACGCACUCGAGGUUUCCUUUUCCAAGAUCGAACCUAAUUUUAAAGAGGUUUCAACUGCCGCGGUGUUGCUUGGGGUGUGUCUUAAUAUCUUAUCGCUAACACCAGUUCCUAAAAUCGCGACGCGUUGCGCAAACCUUAACUUCAAAAUUCGCCAGGCUGCCCUCGCUUGGAUUCGCCAGAUGACGAAACUCCGUACCGAUCAGAAGAACGCUCGCGCAGACACUGGUGCCUUAAAGGAUCUAUCACGUCAGAUCCUGAUCGCUUGCCUCCUUUGCCGACGUACGUUCGCUCUCGAUAACGAUACCCAGUAA